AGGCCGCGCUGAGGCUGUCAUUGAGGACUUUAAAUUGGACAUGGCCACGCCUUCCUCCAGUCACAUGGUGGGAAGAUGCUUUGUUGCUACGGAGACGGGCACCUACUUUGAAGGCACUGGCUUCCUGAAAGCAGUCUCUUCCUACAGAGUGGGUCUGGAUGUGUCGAUAGCCUUAGAGUUCAGGACCAGCAGAACCAAUGGGGUGCUUUUGGGCAUCAGUAACCAAGCCAACGAUGGACUGGGACUAGAGAUUGUCGAGGGCAAGCUGCUCUUCCACGUUGACAACGGAGCUGGACGAAUCACAGCGGAGCACGUGCCUGAGGGCGAGGGCUUCUGCGACGGCCAGUGGCACUCGGUCACUGCCAAGAAGCUGCGGCACCGCAUGGAGCUGGUGGUGGACGAGAAGCAGAGCCAAUCAGAGAGCCCCAACGCUCGCUCCAACACGUGUGACACAAACGACCCAUCUACGUCGGAGGAUAUCCAGGUGGAGUUCGGCAGGCGGCUCUCUCCACCAGCACUUUCCUUCAGAGGUUGUAUGAGGAACCUGAAGAUCACCAAAGCUUCUAAGACCAUGGAGGUGCAGUUCAACAAGGCUCUGGAGAUUAAAGGAGUGCAGCCUCUCUCCUGUCCCGCUGCAGCUGCAUAA